GACAUUUUUAAAAUGGAAGGAAAUAUUAAGAAUACUAACAUUCGGAGAAAAGUUAGCUCAAUGAGGAGGAGAUCUUCAAGGAGGAGCUAUGGAAUAGGAGAAAAUAGUAAAAAGAGACCUUCUUGACUCAAUUUGAAUAAAGGUGAAAAGCUCCCAAGCGUAUGGCCUAAGACAACUAAGCAGCAAGCUUAUAGAAAUUACCAGAGGAUGGAUCAAAUGAGUACAGUUGCAACUAAUAAGAAUUCUUCCCUUGCUACUAAGAGGAAUCGGAAACAAUCUCUGAACCAUGUGAGUCAAGGCAAAAGCUCUAAAAGAGAUGCUAAUAAAUCUACUAUUCAUACAGUGGCGAAGGAGAAAAAGACUCGAAAGCAGAAGGAUAGUGCUCCUAGGCCUAAAUAUCCCAAGAAUAAUGAUAUCAACAACACUAUGAAAAAGAAAUUUAAAGUGGUCAGCAACAACAAGAAGGAAUAUAGCACUACUCAUAAUUCCUCAGCUUGAAGAAGCAACUCAAAAUUGAAGAAUAAGAUGGUGAGAAAGAAUAGUAAACUUAAGGUGAAGAGGACAGCCCGCCAUCCUAAAGCUAGAUCAAAAGAAAAGACUGACCUCCAAACUCAAGGAAGGCAAGGGCAGCCUAAAAGUAAUGAAAAAUCUGCUAUUAAGAAGAAUACUGAAGAGAGGCAACCAGUUUUGAAAUCUAAACUAAAUUUUACAAAGUCCCGUACAAAUGGAGGGAAAAUUCCAAAUCUUUAUAAAAAGUCUGGAGUCAAGUCAAAGAGUAAAGGCCAUGAUCAUAGAGGGCAUGAUAAAGACAAACACUAUCACAAAAGAGAUCUGAACCACAGACAUGAAGCUAGAACACUGAGUAAACAUACAAAGAGGAGUAUGACUAAAAAUUUGAGGAAAAAUGAGUCUUCAAAUUUCUUCCCAACUGAUAUUUUCCAUGGUCUUGGGACUUCACUCAAAGAGCUGAGGAAGAAAUAUGGAAGCAGUAAUAAAUUAAGAUCACAUCGCACUCUGUUGCUGCCUAAGAUGUUUAAUAAGAAUAAUAAGGUUAAUACUAAUGAAGGGAGUGCUUCUAAGACUAGGAUCAAUAUUAAAAACAAAAGAGGUUCAGUAUACAAAGGAAGAAUAUGAGACAAAUCUCUCACUAAAGUUAACUCACAAUCAGAAUAUGGAUUUAAAAUCAAAAGAAAUAGGUCUUGUAGCCAAAGUUCAACUUCAAAGUGAGCAAAGGGAAAACAUAGUAGCCAAAGCAGAAUAUUAUCAAUUAAAGGUAUCAAGAACUUAAGUGUACUUGCUAAGAAAGUUAAAGAGAGGGCUCAUAAAAGCUUCACAAAAAGAAAGACAAGUGUAAAAAAGUUAGCCACCACUCAUAAAAAUAGCAUAAAUAGAGAAAAUACAGAAUUAUUAAGAACAGAUCACCCUGUAUUUAAAACCUCCAUCAAAAGAAGAGAAGAAUUCAUCGCAAGCCAGGAGAACUAUUCUUCUACCGAAUCUGAGGAGGAAUCUCAAGAAAAGGAGGAAGUCUCAAUUCCAAACCUUGAUAGUGACGAGGAAAAGGAGGAAUCUCCAAACAGAGAGAUUAAUUUUGCUAAUCUUGUUCCAGAAAAACAAUGUACUCCUAAAAGUCCUUUACUACUUCCUCAGGAGAAGAAGUUAGCCAAAGAUUUAGGAUAUAGUUUGGAUACUAAGCUUCAAAAUGAUGAGUUCUUCUUCAUAGAUCUUGAAAAUAUGUGAUUCUGCCUCUCAAUAGCUAUACAUAGGAAGAUUACAUUCUCCAGAGGGUUUUUGUUCCUUGAAGAUUUAGAAAAAUUACAUAAGAGAAAAGGAUCAGUUGAAAAAGAUCUUGAUGCUAGUGAUUUAUCGAUGCAUAAGCAUGAGAUAAACUAUAGCUAUUGCUUCCCUGAUCAAGUCAAGCUAGAUCUUGCUGAUCAAUAUAUCUCAAAUAAAGAGGACCUUAGCAGAUGUAGAGAAGAAACUUGAAGCGUCAAGAAAGCUUUAGAUAUGGAUGAGGAAGAGUAAAAAGCUUAGUUUUUAAUGCUAUUUGAGCAAAAGAGGACUCACUAGAUACUUUCGAAGCUAUCCUCAAAGAGGGAAGAUUUUCAAACUUUGUGAGCAAUCAGCCUUCAUGAAGAGAGUCCCC